GAGGAGGAGGAGGAAGAUGAGGGCUGUGAAAGAAAGAAGAAUCUGAGAAAAAGGGACUCGGCAGAGGUGAGAAGUGAAGACUCAUCCGAAGACAGCAGUGAGGAGAGGAAGAAGAAAAAGAAGAAGAAGAAGAAGAAAAGAAAGAAAGAAUACAGCGACAGCAAUGAUGAGGAUGACGGCCACAAGAGAAAAAAGAAAAAGAAGAAAAAGAAGAAAGGUAAAAAGUCCAAGAAGAAAGAGAAGAAGAAGACGAGAAAGGACGAUGAGAACUUUGCAGAGAUGUACAAACAGGAGCUUCUCGAUUAUCAUUCGGAAUCUUCCCGGGAAACUGAAGAUGAAUACAACAAGAAAAAAGUCUAUGAAGUAGUGACGGUGACUGGAGAUAUCAGAGGAGCAGGGACGGAUGCCAACGUCUUUGUUACCCUCUUCGGUGAAUUUGGCAUCACACCAAAAGUCCAUCUGACCAGCAAGAGCAGUUCUGCCUUUGAAAGAAGCAAAACAGAUGUUUUUCGGGUGAAAACCAAUAACGUCGGCACCAUCCGGAAAAUAAGAAUUGAGCACGACAACACAGGAAUGAACGCCAGCUGGUACCUUGACCGUGUGAUUGUGACGGACAUGAACAGGCCCCACCUCCGGUUUUAUUUCCCGUGCAACAAUUGGCUGAGUAAAGACGAAGGGGACGGCCUUUACGUGAGAGAUUUGAUUGGCAGCCUGAACCCUAUGGAUGUUCCCAAAGUAAACAAAUACGUGGUCCGAGUCUUUACAGGUGAUGUCAAUGGCAGUGGAACAGAUGCUGAUGUUUUCAUUAACAUCUUUGGGCAGAAUGGAGACACAGGAGAGCGCAGAUUGGACAAUGACAAGGACAAUUUUGAGAGAGGGGCAGAAGACAAGUUCACCCUCGAUGCUCCCAAUCUGGGCAGGCUCAGGAAAAUCACCAUUGGCCAUAACAACAAGGGAAGCUCGGCUGGAUGGUUCCUUGACAAGGUUAUUAUUGAAGACAUUGGCAACAAGUCAGUGUAUCAGUUCCCAAGUUACCGAUGGUUUGCACUGGACGAAGAUGAUGGCAAAAUCCAGCGCGACAUUCUUGUGGGAGGAACAGAGGCAACUGGUAUUGUGUACAACUUGGCAGUGAUGACCGGGGAUGUCAGAGGGGCAGGAACCAACUCCAAGAUUCAUAUCGUCAUGCACGGCUCCAAAGGGCUGAAAAACAGCGGGAAGAUUUUUCUAGAAGGAGGGAAGUUUGAACGGAGCAGGACCGACCUUUUCAACAUCGAGAUUGCGGCUCUCUUGAGCCCCUUAAGUCGCAUCUCCAUCGGGCACGAUAACGCUGGCAUCAGCUGUGGCUGGUAUUGCCAGAAGGUGGUGGUCUACUGCCCGUUUACUGGCAUCGAACAGACAUUUCCCUGUGGGAAGUGGCUGGACGAGAACGAAGCGGACGGUCUGGUGGAACGGGAACUCUACGAGAUGGUCUCCCUGCGUCAGAAAAGACUGAAAAAAAAUCCUUGGUCGCUGUGGAUCUGGACAAGUGACAUUAAAGGUGCAGGAACAGACGCGCCCAUCUUCCUCCAGGUUUACGGUGACAAAGGAAAAUCUGAUGAAAUGAAAUUGGAUAAUAACUCUGACAACUUUGAAGCUGGCCAAACUGACAAGUUCAUGAUCGAGCUUCCAGAUCUGGGCACCUUAUUCAAAAUUCGGAUAUGGCACGAGAAACGGAGUCCCUUUUCGGGCUGGCAUCUCCAUAAGGUCACUUUUUUGAAAACCCUGACCAAAGAGAAGUACACCUUCAACUGUGGCCGGUGGUUAGAUAUCAACGAGGAUGACAAUGAGAUUGUACGGGAGCUGGCAGCAGAAGGACCACUGGUGGCCGAAGUGAUGCCAGUGAUCAAAUACCGAGUGACCGUCUGCACUGGGACACUGAGCGGAAGCGGGACCGAUGCCAAUGUGUUCGCUUGCCUCAUUGGGCAGCACGGAGACACGGGGGACCGGGUGCUCCAGAAUAGUGUGAACACCGUCAAUAAGUUUGAGAAAGGCAGUGCUGACGAAUUCGUCAUCGAAGCAGUCAACCUGAAGCAGGUGAGCAGGGUGAGAAUAGGGCAUGACGGCAAAGGAGGAAGCAGUGGCUGGCACCUGGCCAAAGUGAUAGUGAGGGAAGAUGGACGACCAGAAAGUGAGGCUCAAGAAUUCCCCUGCUACAGAUGGCUUGACAAAAAUGAAGAUGAUGGACAGAUUGUUCGAGAGCUGAUUCCAGAUGGGAGAUCGUCUAUGCUGGAAAAUAUCAGUUAUCACAUCAGUAUAAAGACGGGAGAUGUCCCAGGAGCCAGUUCAGAUUCAAAGGUUUUGAUCAAGCUGUACGGUGAAAAAGCAGACACCAAAAAGGAAUUUCUUCUAGUUUCCGAUAAUGACUUAGGAAAUUACUUUGAACGUAGCCGGAUAGAUAUCUUUACUCUGGAUACAAUGGACAUUGGGAAGAUCCACCGGAUUCUCAUCGGGCACGACAAUGUGGGCCUCCAAGCAGGCUGGCACCUUGGCAGCGUUCAGAUUAUUAUCCCCGUCCACGGCAAGAUGUACAACUUCCCCUGCAACCGAUGGCUUGACAAAAACGAAGCUGACGGGAAGGUACAGAUUGAGGUUUAUCCCAGCGAAAUCAUGGAGAUUGAGAAAUUGAUCAACUAUGAGAUCUGUACCGUUACCGGAGACGUGCGGAACGCGGGCACCAACGCGAAAGUCUUCCUGCAGGUUUACGGUGAGCUGGGUAAGACGGAGGUCCUUAUUUUGAAGAACAGGUCCAACAACCACGAGCGCAGAGCCUCGGAAAAAUUCAAGAUAGAAGCUGUUGAUGUUGGCAGAAUCUAUAAGAUCCGAAUUGGCCACGAUGGCGCGGGUUUUGCAGACGGAUGGUUCCUGGAAAACGUCGUCAUUAAAAAAAUGGGGACAAAGACCAGCAGGGUAGGAAAAAAGAAGAAAAAGAAGAAAAAGAUAUCCACAGAAGAGAAAGAAGAAGAGGAGACGCACCAGACAGAUGCUUUGCAGGUUUAUAACUUUGUAGCCCACCGUUGGCUGGCGAGUGACGAAGAGGACAAGGAACUGGUUGUGGAAUUGACACCAGAAGAGGCAUCUGAGCUUGAAGCAAACACCUACGAAGUCCAUGUUAUCACUGGGAUGAUAUGGGGAGCUGGCACUGACGCAAAUGUUUACUUGAGCAUCUAUGGUGAAAGAGGAGACACUGGGGAGCGCCACCUGAAGUACUCAAAUCAUCUGAACAAGUUUGAAAAGAAACAGGUAAAUAGCCAAAUAACAAAACUCCAAAGGAUUUCCUCCAUGUAG